GUCUGCCUACCUUUGGCAUAGACACACACACACACACACAGAAAGACAGAGCACAGGCACAUCUUAAUUAGAGAAGAUGACAGUGCAAAAUGGAAGUGCGGAGUACUCUCACAUCAACAUACCAAAAAUCAAGUUUACAAAGCUCUUCAUCAAUGGACACUUCGUUGACUCCAUAUCAGGGAAGAGGUUUGAGAGUGUAGAUCCGAGAUCAGGAGAAGUGAUAGCAGAUAUAGCAGAAGGGGAGAAGGAAGAUGUUGAUUUGGCAGUGAAGGCAGCCCGUGAAGCUUUCGAUAAUGGGCCAUGGCCUCGUUUGACUGGAUGUGAAAGAAGACGGAUAAUGCUAAAAUUCGCAGACUUGAUUGAUGAAAACGUAGAGGAAUUAGCAGCAUUGGACGCAAUUGAUGGUGGAAAACUGUACAAGAUUGGGAAGACAAUGGAGAUUCCUUCUGCAGCUGAAAGCAUACGCUACUUCGCUGGCGCUGCCGAUAAAAUUCACGGGUCGACGCUGAAGAUGUCGAGGGAGCUGCAUGGCUACACACUGCGUGAGCCAAUAGGGGUUGUGGGGCAUAUCAUCCCUUGGAACUUCCCCUCUCUAAUGUUUACCAUGAAAGUUGGCCCGGCCUUGGCUGCUGGUUGUACCAUGGUUGUCAAGCCUGCUGAGCAGACACCUCUUUCUGCUCUUUACUAUGCCCAUUUGUCCAAGUUGGCGGGGAUCCCAGACGGAGUGCUUAACGUCGUAACAGGAUAUGGACAUACUGCUGGUGCUGCUAUUAGCUCACACAUGGACAUUGACAAGGUCUGCUUUACAGGGUCGACAGAAGUAGGCCGUCUAGUUAUGCAGGCAGCAGCAGCCAGCAACUUAAAACCUGUUUCCUUAGAACUUGGAGGCAAAUCCCCCUUCAUUAUUUUUGACGAUGUGGAUGUUGAUAAAGUCACAGAUCUUGCGCUCCUGGGAACUCUAUAUAACAAGGGGGAAGUGUGCGUUGCUGGUUCUCGGGUCUUUGUUCAAGAAGGGAUAUAUGAUAAGUUUCUUGUUAAGUUGGUUGAGAAGGUGAAAACGUGGGUGGUGGGCGACCCUUUUGAUCCAAAUGUUCAUCAAGGACCCCAAGUGGACAAGAAUCAAUAUGAAAGGAUACUUUCAUUCAUAGAACAUGGAAAGAGGGAAGGUGCCACUUUGUUAACUGGUGGUAAGCCUUCCGACAGGAAGGGGUAUUACAUUGAGCCCACAAUUUUCAUCGAUGUUGCAGACGACAUGACGAUUGCAAAGGAAGAAAUAUUCGGGCCGGUAAUGUCGGUCAUGAAAUUCAAGACGGUUGAGGAAGUGAUAAAGAGAGCCAAUGGGACCAAGUACGGACUAGCAGCCGGCAUUAUGACGAACGACUUGAACAUCGCCAACACAGUCUCAAGAUCGAUCCGAGCAGGCGUGAUUUGGAUCAACUGUUAUUUUGCUUUCGACAGAGACCUUCCGUAUGGAGGUUAUAAAAUGAGUGGUUUCGGAAGGGAUAUGGGGAUGGAAUCUCUUGAUAAGUACCUCCAAGUUAAGUCUGUGGCUAUGCCAAUAUAUGACUCCCCUUGGCUCUAGAAUCUUUUGAUUUAAUUACUUGGUAAUUAUAAAAAUAAAAUAUGGAGUGUAGUAGAACAAAAUUAAAGGCAUAGAAUAUGAGAACCAAUCUGAAUUUGCAUGCCGUUCAGUCUUAUACUACUGUUGCAUGUUUGAGGGUAAAUUGCAAUUUAUCUACCUGUCGUAUAGAAAUUAGGUAACCAAUUCUCCGGUGGAAAAAGAAACACCAACUUACCUCCCUCGAAGCGCUCAUUUCAAGCGGGUGGUAUGGAUCACGCGCCUUGGAUGUGAUUUUGCU